AUGGAGGAACAGUAUGAGAGCUCAGCAGGAGACUGGGAUGAGGAUGAAGACGAGGCCACACAAUACAUGAUUGAGCAGAGUCUUUUAGAAUGUGGAAAGUCCAGGAAUGAAACGAGUGGUCCUGCUCUGGAAUACAUUGACCAUGAGGAGAUUUUUACAGCCAUACGCGCAGGAAAUGAAGAUGCCUUACGGAUGCUUGUGCAGUGUAAAGAAGCCAUGUCAAUGGCAGACAGCAGAGGCUGGAUUCCCUUACACGAGGCAGCUGUACAGCAGAAGAGGAUUAUUUUGGAGAUCACUUUUUCAGCAUCUCCUCAGGGGGCGGCUCAGUCCCACACACUGAGAGGAGAGACUGCCCUGUUCCUUGCGGUUGUCCAUGGUCUCCGAGAUAACGCUACAUUUUUGCUUCAGAACGGCUACAACCCUGACUGCCAGAAUAAAGAUGAAGACUCUCCCUUAGUUGCAGCCAUAAAGAAUAACCAGUAUGACUUGUCGUCUCUAUUGCUACGUUAUAACGCCUCUGUGGACCAAAAAGGCAGCCUUCAGAGAACUGCACUUCAUGAAGCAUCUCUUUUGGGCUUAGAAGACUACGUGUACCUGCUCCUCCAGUCUGGUGCAAACCCAGAUUCCUGUGACACCAAUGAGCGUACUCCUUUGGGACUGGCUGCCCAGGCUGGACAUUUAAAUGUUGUUGAGAUCCUACUACAGAAAGGGGCCAGCGUAUGGCCGAAGCUUCACUCUCCAGAGGCUUUGCCGGUGCUGUUUGAGGCUGCAGCGUCUGGAAACCCUGACGUCAUCUCAGUGCUGUUAGAGUACGAAGCUGACCCCAAUGCUCCCACACACACUGGCCAUCUGCCCAUUCACCGUGCCGCUUAUCACGGCCAUCUGCUGGUACUAGAGCAGUUGAUCCCAGUAACUAAAAAAGAAGCCAUAAAGGAGAGUGGCAUGAGCCCGUUGCAUUCGGCUGCUGCAGGAGGUCACUGUCAGUGCAUUGAGAUACUCUUGAAUGCUGGAUUUGACCCCAACUUCAUGCUUCACCCCAAAGUGCGCAAAAACUACGAUGACGAGCGGCGGUCGGCGCUCUACUUUGCCGUCUCGAACAGCGACGUUCAGUCGGCGCGGCUGCUCCUAAAGGCUGGUGCCAUGCCGAACCAGGACCCGGUCAACUGCCUGCAGGUGGCCAUGCGUCUGGGCAACUACGAGCUCAUCAACACUCUGCUGCGCUACGGUGCAAAUGUGAACUACUACUCACGUGUAAAUACGACACACUUCCCAUCAGCCCUGCAGUAUGCACUGAAAGACGAGGUGAUGCUUCGCAUGCUGCUAAACCACGGCUACGAUGCACGGCGCUGCUUCGACUGUCCCUACGGCCAGGGCUCUCACACGGCACUGGAUUACGUGGGCUGGAGUGUUUCUGUAAUAAGAGACGUUGUGUUCUGUGAGGUGAUCACAGUUUCCUGGUUCAAGCACUUCACAGGCCAGGUGGUGAGAAUCCUGCUUGAUUAUGUUGACCACGUCACCUUCUGCUCCAAACUGAAGAGCAUUCUGGUAGAACAAAAACAGUGGCCUGAGAUUUGCAGGAUUCAAGAAAACACUCGGAGCCUAAAGCAUCUGUGCCGACUCAGGAUCCGUGAGUGCCUUGGUCGAUUACGGCUUAGGGCUCCGGUUUUCAUCAGCUUCUUACCACUACCGAACUCUCUGAAGGACUAUAUCCGAUUUAAAGAGUAUGACAUUUACAACAAAGGAACCAGUUCUGAGCUGGAAUACAACUGAUGUUUUUAUAUUGUAUUUGUUCUGUUAUUGUUUGUAUAUUUUAAUUGUUAUGACUCUUAUGUAACAUUUUUUAUUGUGCAUGGUCAGUCAGUACUGAAAAUAGUU